AAAUAAUUAAAAGAAACAAGGGCAAGUCAAGCCAGCACUCGAAGUCUGCGAUCUAUCGCAGUCUCAGUCGUCGCAGGAGCUUGGAAAAAUAUGGCCUCACCUUGUUUGACCCGAUAAGUCCUUGCUUCGAAAUUCUAUCUGCACUGCUAAAUUUGAUUUGUUGUUUUUUUUUUUCUUUUGACUUUGGAAUUUUGUUUCAGGGUUUGAUGUUGUAAGGACUUUGCUUUUGCGAGUUCAGUAAGUGCAAGUUUGUUGUACAAUAAUUAGCUGUUGGUUAGUUAUAGCUUUUGGUGGGUUCUCUUCAGUAGACAUGGAGUUAAAGAGUUAUUCUUUUAAGGGGUUUUCUCUAUGGAUAUUACUUAGUUGUAGUUUGAGCUAUGCUACUGAGCAAGAUAUUGCUUGCUUGAAAAGUAUAAAAGCUUCACUUGAGGACCCUGAUAAUUACUUGAAUGCUUCUUGGAACUUUAACAAUAAUACGGAAGGAUACAUUUGUAAGUUUGCUGGGGUCGAGUGUUGGCACCCUGACGAGAAUAAGGUUUUGAAUCUCAGCCUUUCGGAUAUGGGACUCAAGGGCAAGUUUCCUCCUGGCAUUGCGAAUUGCUCGAGUAUGACUGGGUUAAAUCUUUCAAGCAACAAUCUCUAUGGAAGUCUUCCAGAAGAUAUUUCUCAUUUUCUUGGGUCUUUGACUUCUCUUGAUCUCUCAUCGAAUAAGUUCUCAGGGAAUAUUCCGGUGACUCUUGCUAACUGUAGCUAUUUGAACACCCUGAAACUGGACCACAACCAGUUCACAGGUCAAAUUCCUGCACAAUUAGGGCAGCUUGAUCGGCUGAAAACAUUUAGUGUCGCUAAUAACCAGCUUACCGGGCAGAUUCCACAGUUUACCAAGUAUGGUGCUAAGUCAGAAGAUUUUGCAAGUAAUCUAGGACUCUGUGGGUACCCAUUGAAGACGUCUUGCCAGUCAGCUUCAAAGGAGCUUCACACUGGAGUUAUUGCUGGGGCAGCAAUUGGUGGGGUGACUUUUGUUGCGAUAGUUGUGGCUAUUUGUCUCUUCUUCUAUUACCGUAGAUAUGCUGUGAAGAAGAAGAAGGAUGAUGAUCCUGAAGGAAAUAAAUGGGCAAAGAGCUUGACAGGAGCAAAAGGCAUUAAGGAUUCCCUGUUUGACAAGUCAGAAAUGACAUUAAGUGAUCUCAUGAAGGCUACUAACAGCUUCAGCAAAAGUAAUAUUAUUGGGGCAGGAAAAACUGGGACAAUGUACAAAGCGGUGCUUGAUGACGGCUCUUCACUUAUGAUCAAGAGGUUGCAGCAUUCUCAGCGUUCUGAGAAAGAAUUUCUGUCUGAGAUGGCUACUUUGGGGAGUGUAAAACAUCGUAAUUUGGUUCCUCUUUUGGGCUUUUGCAUGGCUAAACAAGAGAGGCUUUUGGUUUAUAAGCACAUGGCCAAUGGUAACGUGUAUGAUAAUUUACAUCCUGCUGCUGAUGGAGGCACGCCUCUGGCGUGGUCCUUGAGGCUCAAAAUAGCUAUAGGGGCAGCCAGAGGAUUUGCCUGGCUACAUCAUAACUGCAAUCCCCGUAUCAUUCACGGAAAUAUUAGCUCUAAAUGCAUUUUCUUGGAUGCAGAAUUUGAGCCUAAAAUAUCUGAAUUUGGCCUUGCUAGGCUCAUGAACCCAAUCAAUACGCAUUUGCGUACCUUUGUGAAUGGAGAGUCUGGGGAUUUGUGUUAUGAUGCUCCAGAGCAUGCACGAACUCUCGUAGCCACACCAAAGGGUGAUGUUUACAGCUUUGGAACUGUGCUUCUUGAGUUGGUGACUGGCGAGAAACCUACCCCUGUGGCUAAAGCUCCUGAAACCUUUAAGGGAAAUCUGGUGGAAUGGAUGUCACAGCUGUCAAAGAGUGGUCAACUCCGAGAUGCUAUUGACAAGUCAUUGCUUGGGAAGGGUGUUGAUAACGAGCUUUUCCAGUUUCUUAAAGUUGCAUGUAACUGUGUCCUUCCAGAGGUUCCCAAGGAGAGGCCUACCAUGUUUGAAUUAUACCAGUUUCUAAGAGCUAUAGGGAAGCCCUACAAUUUUAACAUUGUGGAUCAGAUUUUGAUUCCCUCUGACAUCGAUGAUGCUGAUCACAUCGAAGAACUUAUUGUUGCUCGAGAGGAUACACAAUAAUUGACAAAAGGUAUGACACAUGUAGUGGUGUUUGUUGUUGUAAUUUAUAUGUAACUAUCUAUUUGGCAUUGCUGUUAAGAGAUAUUGUAGCUUUAGGAUCUAGUUACCUCCAAAACAUGCUAGUAAAUAUAGGGUUGUAUAGAUAUGUACAAUUAUUUCGAUAAAAACUGAACUUGAUUAGCUUUGGCUAUUUACAGUAUUGGACGAAUGCUUGUUACAAA